AUGGAACCCAUCCGCGCCCGUAAACGACCCACUCCGGCGCCGGCAGCAGAAAGGUCGCUCCGGUCUGCCGACAAGGAGGCCUCCGACCGCACCCAGCUCGCCGGUUUCACAGAUCUGCCCGCAGAAAUCCACCUUCUCAUUUCCAAGCAACUCAUCUACCCCGACGCCCUCUCACUGAAACACACCAGCAGCUACUUCUACUACCUCGUUGACACGGGCGUACGACUCAAGGUUGAGUGGCUGAUGGAGCGCCGCAUGCUUCAUCUUGAGUGUCCAAACGAUAAACGGUGUGACCUUGGCAGCGACCUACGCUUCUGUAGAGGCAGUGUCCCGCUUCUGAUGCAAAGGCGACGUGAACACAUGGAGUGCGAGUCAAGGCCGGGACUUGGCUGCCUAGUUUAUGGCACUUCCGUAUGCUCUCAUCGACGAAAGAUUGGCGCGAGGUGUUCACGCUGGUUGAGGCGACGGCUGACCGUAGAGUUAUGGUGGGUGUUGAUUGCCCUGAUACCGAUUGCUUUCUGUUGGCUUUGGAUGGCAGAGUUCGCCACGUGGGCCGCGAGUGCAUACAGAGUCUCUUCUUCUUUCACAGACUCAAUGACGCGAUGA